GGCAAGGAAACUAGGACCUGAGGAGCUCACUCGCGUGUUUUUUGUUGGGUCGGUUGGACAAAAAAAAAGUGCCGAGAAAACCCUAGGAGAGGAGCCAAAUCUUGCCAGAUAUACCAGAAUAGAGCUGCGCGGUGGAGGCGUUCUAUAUUGGGAACUUGAGCCAGGGCGUCCUCUGCCCUGAUUGUGACCACUGAUACUGGCAUAUUUUAGGUAUAAAGACAAAUUAUUGGUUAAAAAAACAAAAAAAAACAUACUGUGCACAGUUCAGAAAUGAUGUUUCAGGGCUGUGUAGAGAUGGAACUUAAAACUAUGAGGAGCAACUCUUUGUGUAGGUGCACUUAUCAGCUCUGAUAGCUACUAGUACACUACAUGUCCACAUAUUUAUAGUGAAGGAUUUGUUCAUCUUGAGCUAAAUUUCAGUGAGUCGUGAAGGGUUUUUACCCUCAUUGGAAUAGACAGAGGCUCUUUUCCUAUACAUGCCUGGUGGGAGACGACCAGUUUGCUUCAAUGGAGAAUUUCACUAGUAAAAGAAUAAAUUGCCGAGGCGGCCGCCACCUCACCAUAAGCUGGAAGAUAGCCUAGCUCAGCUUAUCCAGCCUAGCUAGUCUGUGCCUCCUCCGACCCCAUCCCUCUUCUCCCGCAUCCCACACAGCACCCCCUCCCCUUCCUCUAACUUUUCCAAGUGAGUUGCCAUGGCAUCGGUGCGCUUCACCGUGACGCCCACCAAGGCGGAGGACCUCCCGGGGCUCUCUGACAUGUCGCCGGACAUGAGCUCUCGCUCCGGCGCCCGGGUGCGCUUCGGCUCCAGGGAGAGCGUCAAUCGAAGUGACCCGCUCAGCGAGGCAUCGGGAGGAGCGACAACAACGGGAGGAGGAGGAGGGGCCGACACACCGGAGCUCAGCAGCAUAGAGCAAGGUGAUGGAAACUCCAAAAUCUCCAGUGUGUACAUCAACAACACUCAUGGCGUGGAUGAUGAUGACUUCUAUGACAGAAACUUGGCCUUAUUUGAGGAGGAGAUGGACACUCGGCCAAAGGUGUCCUCUCUUCUCAGCCGUUUGGCCAACUACACCAACCUGACGCAGGGGGCCAAGGAGCACGAAGAGGCCGAGAGCAUCGGCGAGAAGAAGAAAGCUAGCAAGUCUCCACAGAUGGGGACAUUCAUGGGCGUGUACCUGCCGUGUCUGCAGAACAUAUUCGGUGUCAUCUUGUUCCUGCGGUUGACGUGGGUGGUGGGAACAGCUGGCGUGCUGCAGGCCCUCUGCAUCGUCUUCAUAUGCUGUUGCUGUACAAUGCUGACUGCAAUAUCGAUGAGUGCAAUCGCCACAAAUGGUGUAGUGCCAGCGGGAGGCGCCUACUUCAUGAUCAGUCGAUCUCUGGGUCCAGAGUUUGGGGGGGCGGUGGGUCUCUGUUUCUACCUGGGCACGACCUUCGCUGGAGCUAUGUACAUCCUGGGAGCCAUCGAGAUCCUUCUGAUGUACAUUGCGCCUAAGGCAGCCAUUUUUGAAGUUGGAGCAGCAGCUAUGUUGAACAACAUGCGUAUCUACGGCACCAUCUGCCUCCUCUUGAUGUCCCUGUUGGUCUUUGUGGGUGUCAAGUACGUGAACAAACUGGCCUCCAUCUUCUUGGCCUGUGUCAUCAUAUCCAUCGUUUCCAUCUACAUCGGGGGGCUCCUCUCUGCCUUCCAUCAGCCACACUUCCCUGUGUGCAUGCUGGGGAAUAGAACCAUCAACGGCCACGAUGUUCGUGACAACCAGUGUAGGAAAACAGUCGUGGAGAGCAAAGAGAUUUACAGCGUUGACAACCAAACUUUUCUUAGUGAAAACAGCACAGUGCAAAUGACUCCUGGCCCCACCCAUGUCAUUGAGGUGAACACCACUCAUCUUUGGAGGGAGUUUUGUGGGAGCCCAGAACUCAACGCCACCUGCGACGAAUACUUCACAUCAAACAAUUUCACUGAGAUUAAAGGAAUCCCCGGCCUGGCCAGUGGGAUCAUUUCAGAGAACGUGUGGAGCUCCUAUCUCAGUAAAGGGGACGUGGUUGAGAAAAGCUCCCUCGCCUCCUCUCAUGUUGCACAUCCUGCAUCCAAUCAGCAUCUGUACGUGUUUGCUGACAUCACUACCUCCUUCACACUGCUGGUGGGCAUCUUCUUCCCCUCCGUCACAGGAAUCAUGGCUGGUUCCAACCGAUCAGGUGAUCUAAAAGAUGCCCAGCGCUCCAUCCCUAUUGGAACCAUCCUCGCCAUCCUCACCACGUCUAUUGUUUACCUGAGCAGUGUUGUGUUGUUUGGAGCCUGCAUCGAAGGGGUCGUCCUCAGAGACAAGUUUGGUGAUUCAGUUAAAGGAAACCUGGUGGUGGGGACUCUGGCUUGGCCCAGUCCCUGGGUCAUUGUGAUCGGCUCCUUCUUCUCAACAUGUGGCGCAGGCCUCCAGUCGCUCACUGGCGCUCCCCGCCUCCUGCAGGCCAUCGCCAAGGACAACAUCAUCCCCUUCCUCCGGGUGUUUGGCCAUGGGAAAGCUAACGGGGAACCCACCUGGGCUCUGCUGCUGACAGCUCUGAUAGCUGAGCUGGGGAUUCUCAUUGCUUCUCUGGACCUGGUGGCUCCCAUCUUAACAAUGUUCUUCUUGAUGUGUUACCUGUUUGUGAACCUGGCCUGUGCGCUCCAGACCCUCCUGAGGACGCCCAACUGGAGGCCACGCUUCUCCUACUACCACUGGACCUUGUCAUUUCUGGGGAUGACUAUCUGUCUGGCGCUCAUGUUCAUAUCCUCUUGGUACUACGCAAUUGUUGCCAUGGUGAUCGCCGGCAUGAUCUACAAGUACAUUGAGUAUCACGGAGCAGAGAAGGAGUGGGGAGAUGGGAUCCGCGGCCUGUCGCUCAGCGCUGCCCGUUACGCUCUCCUAAGGCUGGAAGAGGGACCACCUCACACCAAGAACUGGAGGCCUCAGGUGCUGGUGUUGCUAAAACUGGAUGAAGACGCCCACGUCAAGUCUCCUCGCCUGCUGACAUUUGCUAGCCAGCUAAAAGCAGGAAAAGGCCUGACUAUUGUUGGCACUGUUGUCUCUGGCAACUUCCUACAGAGCUUUGGAGAGGCCUUCGCAGCAGAACAGACUCUAAAGCACCUCAUGGACAAGGAGCGUGUGAAAGGCUUCUGUCAGUGCAUCGUGGCCCAAAAGCCACGUGAAGGCAUCAGUCACAUGAUCCAGUCCAGUGGUCUGGGGGGAAUGAAACCCAACACAGUGGUGAUGGGCUGGCCUCACGCCUGGAGGCAGAGUGAGGACCCACAGGCCUGGAAGACCUUCAUCAACACGGUGCGGGUGACCACAGCAGCCCACCUGGCGCUGCUGGUGCCCAAAAACAUCUCUCUGUUCCCCAGCAACAGUGAGCCCUGCACAGAGGGCUACAUCGACGUCUGGUGGAUCGUGCAUGACGGAGGGAUGCUGAUGCUGCUGCCUUUCCUCCUGCGCCAACACAAGGUGUGGCGGAAGUGUGGGAUGCGAAUCUUUACAGUGGCCCAGAUGGAGGAUAACUCAAUUCAGAUGAAGAAAGAUCUGGCAACCUUCCUCUAUCACCUACGCAUAGAGGCUGAGGUGGAAGUAGUGGAGAUGCAUGACAGUGACAUCAGUGCGUACACUUAUGAAAGGACACUGAUGAUGGAGCAGAGGUCUCAGAUGCUACGACAGAUGCGACUGUCCAAAUCAGAUCGAGAAAGAGAGGGAAACCCUGGUAGCAGCAGCAGUAGGCCAGAGGCAGGUGGAGCUACAAGGUCUCAGAGGGUACGCUGGAGUUUUGAUGAUGUGUAUCUUUCCCCCAGGUACAGGAGUACUGGAGUCCCCACAUCAAACACCUCCAAAGGAGACAGAGACAGACAGGCCCAGCUGGUGAAAGACCGGAACUCCAUGCUGCGCCUGACGAGCAUCGGCUCGGACGACGAUGACGACACUGAUGGUGGAGAGCGAGAGAGGGUGGCGAGUGGAGGCGGCGGCAGCUACGAGCACCAGCGCCGCGUUCAGAUGACCUGGACCAAAGAGAAGACAUCGCAGUACAGAGCAGCGCACUCUGGCUGCUCCACGCCUGAGGGCUUCAGAGACAUGCUGAGCAUCAGGCCGGAUCACUCCAAUGUGAGGCGGAUGCACACUGCUGUCAAACUCAACGAGGUCAUAGUCAACAAAUCCCAUGAUGCCCGGCUUGUCCUGCUCAACAUGCCAGGACCCCCCAAGAACACUGAGGGAGACGAGAACUACAUGGAGUUCCUGGAGGUUCUAACAGAAGGACUGGAGCGUGUCCUAUUGGUCAGAGGAGGAGGAAGCGAAGUCAUCACCAUCUACUCCUGAUUGGAUAGAGACAAGAAGCAUAAAAAAAAAAAAAAAAGAAAGAAGCAGAAGUGAGCGAAGGGAGAUGGUGGGGCCCAUAAAGAUAGACUGUCACUGACUGCAGCAGCAGUCAUCACGCCCAACACCCCAACUUUCCUUUCAUCUUCACACUUUUCUGUCAUGACAGCGGUUUUCAUUCCACGUAUGUCAAACUGCAGAAAUGCCUAUACAAUUCCACGAAUGAGCAAAAAAGAAAAGAAAAAAAACAGAGAGAGAUCAGCUGUGUGUGUGAGAGUCAGUCAUCCACCUGUUGGACCAGAGUCGUGUGUGGAGCGAGUGCAUUGGGGCAGGUGGACCACUGAAUAAGAAAGAGGCCGUGAAGCGUCCCAGAACAGAGCAGUGGUUCCACUGACAUGACUCAGGGUUGCUUUUUGUACAGAAUGUAUUUUGGAAGCAGAUGUGAGUUUUUCUGAGAAUAGUCUGAAUGUCUGAAGUGCUUUCCUUGUUAUUUUCCAGUCCUACGUAAAGACUGGAACUGUAACACUGCGUCAUGGGAGGUGAUAAAUAGAAUGAACCUGCUUACAUAUGAGGAACAGGUUUUCUCCUUAGCUUAUCAGUUUACUACAUAUCAUGUCCACCAUAUCCUCAAGGUUCGAUUCAUCUACAGUGAAGGUCGAGGUGGAGCAAUUUUCUUGACUAGCUGCUAUUUGUAAUCUCUUGAACUGAAGCUAAUUUCUUCAAAAAGAAUUAGAACAUUGAAUUUAAGUCAGAUAUGCACAAAUCAUCAUGAACUAAAACUUGUGACUAAAAUUAGUACUGUCCACGGCACAUUUGCAAGAAGAUGGGUCAUAUUUAAUAUGCAAAAACCCACAGCAGAAGUAUUUGAAUUUUUCUCACGGAUUUAGUCAAAUUAAUGAGAUACUGUUUUCCUCUCGUUUUUAUUCAUUAUAAUGUCUAACUUGUCAAGUGGCACAUAUCUUUGCCUGGCUAUUGGACCCCAGCAUUCUGCUCUGACACAAUGUGGUGUAAGAUGUGGAACAGCAAUAACUCUGGUUCCUUAAACGAAUACAAGGAUGAAGUUUACGCACCAUAUCUUUUGAUGUCAGCCAAGAAAACCAACUUGAAACCAAUCCAAAAAUAAAUUCUCUGUGCCGUAAGCUGGCCCCAUGUUGGACUGCAUGUGAAUAGUUAGCUUGUUAGUAGGGCAAUACCAGCGUAGAGGGGGGGAAAAAAAGCGAGGUUAAACUUCUCGGUUGUUGUUUUGGAAACGUUGACACUGGACCAUCGAGGAGAGGACCACUGCACUGCAUGUGUGUAAAAUGUUUGUGGGCAUAUGAGCAAUACAUGUGUUCAUUUUGCACGGUGUUGUGUAUUCCAUUCCUUCACAGGAGAAUAUUUGCUGUGCUGCGUAGUGUGAGCUUGUUACCCUGAAACUCUCCACCUCACUGUACACCUGAAAUAAACCUGCUGACAUCCUG